AUGGUUCGAAUUGCUGUAUUGGGUUGUGGGUCUAUGGGUUUAAAAAUCGCAGGCAAUUUUGCCUACUUUGGUCAUAUUGUAAAGAUUUUCGAUGCUGAUUUGAAACAAUUGGAUACAGCAUGUGAGCGUAUUCAUUACGAUGAAGAUCAAUUAUAUCGUGAUGGUCUUAUUGAAGUACCAAAAUUUUUAGGUCAAAUAUUAUGUUUGAAUCGACUUGAAGAUGCUGUUAAAGAUGUUGAAUUUAUUUUUGAAUGUGUUAUCGAAAAUUUAGAAAUUAAACAAGUAUUACUUGAAAAAGCUGCUCAAUAUGCUUCAUCUAAUGUCAUCAUAUGCUCAAACACAAUGCGAUUAGAUUUAGACAAAAUGUCAGAAAAUUUACCUCAUAAAGAAAAUUUUGUCGGUGCACGUUUUCUUUAUCCAGUUUAUUAUGUACCUGAAGUUGAACUUAAUCCAACAAAAUCAACAAGUACACAAACCAUAUCUGCCAUACGAAAAUUACUCGAACGAAUGGACAAAGUUCUUUAUUUUCGUUCAUCAUCUGAUCCAUUAAUACUCGACGAAGAACAACGAGAAAUUAGACGAAAAGCUCGUAUUGAAUCAUUAAAAAAGAGUAGUGGAAUAAUGGUUGUUCGUGGUCGAACAUUACCUGGUUUGACAUCAUCAAAUCGAUUUGAUCAUGGUGGCAAUCGUAAUGAUUUAAUUGAAAGUGGAAAUAACAAUGGUAAUAAUUCAGCAGUAAGUGAAAAUGUUGAUUGCUCAAUUUGUAUGGAUCGACCACGUAAUUCUGUGAUACGUUCAUGUAAUCAUUUUGUAACUUGUUAUGAAUGUGCACGUUUAUUGUAUAAUCGAAAAGAUCCAUGUCCAGUUUGUCGUAAACGUAUUGAUGAUGUUAUUCGUGUUUAUACGUGA